AUGUCUUCCAAAGCCAUUGUUACAACAAAUUACACAAAAGCAGCUGAAACACUAAAAGCUGCACUUUUACCUGGAGCAGUUGAUAGAUUUCAAUUCUCCAAAUAUACACCUGAAGAAAUAGAUGCAGCUUAUAACAAAAGAAUCCAAGAACUAACCCAGGCAGGAGCAGAAGUUGUUCAAAUUAAUGAUUAUAACGCAGUUGCAGUAUGGUUGCCACCAGAAAAGACAUAUCCUAUAGCUCGUACAGAUAAAACAAAUGAAGCUAUUGAAGAAUUCAAACACAAGGCAAAAGCACUUAUAGACAAGUUUAAAUAUGAUAAAUUACCACAUUGGACCCUGACACAUAUUGGUAAAAACCCAAAUGAGUUAAAUAAAGGUUCAAUAACUCCAUUAGUUAGACCUUAUUUAGAUAAGGCUAAAGAACAAGGAAUUUCAGCUUCAUUAUUUGCUGCAAAUGAACAUGCAAAGGAAGUUUAUUUACACUGGGGGUUUGAAGUAUUGGAUUAUUUAAUACUUGGUGAAGGGAAAGUUAAUUCUGAAGGUGAACUGGAUCCUAAUGGCUCUGGGUUGAAGAUAUAUUUGAUGGCUUAUAAUUAUGUUUAUGAAGUGUAA